CGUACAGUUUAGCCACGUUUAGCGAAGAAAAUGGAAGAAAUGGACGAGUCCGAUAUUGUAAGUUCAUUGCUCAUCAAGUGGAACUUGCCAGAGUUUAUAGAUGAAUUCAAAGAAAAAGGAAUAGACAUAGAAGUUCUCAAAGAACUUACUAUAUCAGACGUUGAUAACUUAAUACCGUACGAAAAAUUCGGGAAACGAAUUAAAUUUCGAUGCAAUCUAUUCAAGUGGAAAGAAGAAAAUGGUUAUUUCACACCUUUAGCAUCAACAAAGUCAGCGGCACAAUCAAGUGUGGGUUCAUGGUUAGAGAAUAUUCCGUUUGUAAUUAGUCCGGCGCCGGACGAUUCUACGCCGCCCACUCUCUGGUCGGAGUUUACCAAAGAAAGUUUAGAACAGACAUUAAAACAAGCCAUUAAAGCUCAACUGGUAUUGAAAUAUUUUCAGCAACAUCAAUAAUUAGACAAAAAACAUCAGACAGAUCUCGUACAUAUAAUCGUCGAAUGUAUGUUUUCAGAUAACAAAAAAAUUACCGCUGAUGUGUUUGAAAAAUAUGCUAAGUCAAUAGUAGAGUUGUUUCCUUCUGAAAUUCAGGUACAUACAACAUUUGAAAUACAAAUCCUAACAAAUAAAUAAUAAUAUUCAUAUAUGUAUAGUUAAAAA